AUGGGUGAUCAACAACCAGAAGAUGAUAUAGACCUACCAAACACAACUCCUGAAUUCCACAUUGCGCGCCAACACCUGGAAAAUCGCCUAGCAGCUGAAAGAGAAGCACCUCCACCUUUUCCAAAUAUUCUCGAACCCCCUCUUCAAGAAGACGGUUUACCAAUCCCUCGCAAUAGACAAAUCGAGCAACUUGAAGAUGUAGCACUACCCCACGUAUACAGCCUCCUCCUUCAAUACGCAGAAACACCCAACCUUCCCAUUUCCGUGCAACACCUUCGAGAUAAUCUAUGGGCACUCAUGCACGAUGAAGAUAUUCCCUGGCCCGAAAAUCUUGACUUCCCAUCAGUCUUUCCCGAACUUGAACUAGCCGCUCUACAGGAAAUCCAAUAUCAUAUCCGACGACUUACACAUGAACGUCUUCGUGAUCCUAUUCCCCGCGACAAUGCUCCUAAUACCCCAGAGUGGAUUUUAGCGCUUUUUCCGCCAUAUCAUUGCCUUCAUUUUCGCACACAACUCUCAUCAAAGAGAUAUGUGAAUAUAAUACGUAAAUACAUCACCGCUUUAUUAGGUAUUGACCACGCCAAGUCGCUCCGUCUAAUCUUACUAUGUUGA